ACUGUCCCACCAAAACGCACAAAAUUAGGCCUAUAAACGACGCAACUUUUCCCCCAAAUUGAAAUCAAUCAAACCCUAGCUUCAAUCACAGCAAUGGCGAGGCCGACCAACAGCAGGCAAUUGAAUAUCGCCCCUUCUACGGCGCCGGCUACGGGCACCACCACCACCACCGUGUCAAUCGAGACGUCGUCGUCCUCCUCCUCCAACCAGCAGCCGCAGAUUAGGGAUUCGCUAGUGCUGAAAUUGAAGCUGCCGAAGAAGAAGGUGUCCUGGAAGGAAGGCACGGUAGACAACGAGUUUAUGAAUAAAAAGAGCUCCAAAAAAUGCUGCAUCUUUCACAAGGAGAAGCCUUUUGACGAGGACGGUUCCGACGACGAGUGCGAUCAUGAUUGUGGACGGGAUGUUGAGGGCGACGGCAAUCGCGAUGAGGCUUCGACGAGUCGGUGAUUGAUCGAUCGGUUGAUUACUCUGUAAGCGGUUAAUUCGUUUGCCUAAUUGUGAUUAUGUUGAAUGUUGUAAAAUCUACGGAAAAUUGGAAUUGAAAUUGAAAAUUUUGGUUUCUAUUUUUGAA